AUGGGUCACAAAAAUGCAAGUUCAGCACUCCAUCUACUGCUUGUUUUGUCGCUGUUGGGUACCCGUUCACUCGCACAGGUGUCCAACCUAACGCUGUCCAUUGAGGAGGGUCUGCCCGCAAGAACCAUAGUUGGGGAUAUCUCUGCUGCGUUGAGUGCGCCAAGUUCCUCCGGAUUCUUCAUCUCGGAAAGUAGAGAUUCCUAUGUUUUGAUAGACUUGGAAAUAAAUGCAGACACCGGGAUCAUCUCUACGGCCAUCGUUCUGGACCGGGAGAUUCGAGAUAAGUAUGAAUUCGUGGCCGCCACCCUAACCGGGGAGGUGAUUAAGGUGAAAAUCAAGGUCAAUGAUGUAAACGACCAUUCCCCUGUUUUUCCAUCGGAUACGAUCGAUUUAGAAAUAUCAGAGUUAAGCCCCCCUGGAUCUCGCUUUGAACUCGAAGGCGCUGAGGACCAGGAUGAGGGGGAGUUUGGUACCCAGGGUUAUAGGAUCUCUGAAGCGGACAUGCGAGGGCUGUUUCAAUUGGAAUAUCGCAAUGGCUCAGACAACCCCUUCCACCUUGACCUCCUGCUCACCAGCAGACUGGACCGAGAAGCUUUGGACUUCUAUUCCCUGACCAUCGAGGCGUUCGAUGGGGGCAUCCCUGCCAGGACGGGGACCCUACACGUUAACAUCCACGUGCUGGACGAGAACGACCACCCGCCCGUGUUCAACCAGACCGAAUACCACGCCUCGGUGUCCGAGGACGCCCCGGUGAACUCCACCGUGUGCCGGGUGCACGCGACAGACCGGGACCUCGGAAUCAACGGCCUUAUAACCUACGAGAUCAACCGGCGCCAAAGUGACUCUGGCGAGAUGUUCUCCAUUGAUGAAAGAACAGGGGUGAUCUACAUCAACAAACCGCUCGACUUCGAGACGCAGUCUUUUCAUGAGUUGAUCAUAAGCGCGCGGGACAACGGCGUCCAGUCCGAGUUCAGCAGCACCUUCGUUGGGGUGAAGGUGCUGAACAUCAACGACAACACGCCCACCGUCAACAUCCUGUUCCUCAGCGAGUCGGGGGAGGCCGCGGUGUCUGAAGGGGCCGGCCUCGGGGAGUACGUCGCCCGGAUCCUCGUGUCCGACGGCGACGCUGACCUCGGGGACAGCCAGAAGGUCAGCGUCACCCUGCAGGGCGGCGAGGGGAGGUUCACCCUGAAGCAGACGGACCACUUCCUGUUCGCCCUGUGCGUCGACGGCCCGCUGGACCGGGAGGAACGAGAGCGCUUCGAGUUGACGCUGCGGGCGACAGACCAGGCCGGCCCGUCGCUGAGCACCGAGGUGACCUUUGACCUCAUGGUCACCGACGUCAACGACUGCCCUCCGCUCUUCGAGAGGGACGCCUACACGGUCCGCCUGGCGGAGGACGUCCCCCCGGGGACCUCCGUGGUGCAGGUGAAGGCCCGGGACGGGGACGAGGGCCCCAACGCCUCGGUCCGCUACUCCCUCCUGGGUCCGGGGGGGUCCGGCCCCCAGAGGGACCCCCUGCCGUUCACCGUCGACCCCUCCUCGGGCCUGAUCGUCACGCUGCGCCGGCUGGACAGAGAAAGGGAGGCGGCGGUCCGCCUGCUGGUGGAGGCGGGCGAUGGGGGCGAGCCGGCCCUGUCGUCCACGGCGACGGUCACCGUGGUGAUCGAGGACGUCAACGACAACGAGCCGGUGUUCCAGCAGCAGCUGUACAACGUGUCGGUCCCGGAGCACAGCCAGCUAGGGAGCUGCUUCCUACAAGUUGUUGCCACGGACGCGGAUGGUCCUGACUUUGCCUCGCUGCAGUACUCGCUGUCGGACGGCUUUGACCGGAAGGACCUGCACCCUCUGUUCCACAUUAACGCAGACACGGGGGAAGUGUGUGUGUCCCAAGAUAUCGACCGCGACACUGGACAGACCUCUCAUGAUAUUCUAGUGAAGGCCGUGGAUCAAGGAGGGCUGAGCGCUCAGACCUACGUGCACAUCGAGGUGGAGGACCUGAACGACAACGCUCCGGUGUUCAACCCUGAGCAGUACGCCACCAGCGUCAGCAGCCACGCCCCGCCGGACACGGAGAUCCUCACCGCCAUCGCCACCGACCCGGACUCGGGGAGCUACGGCCGGGUCACCUACGAGCUGCUGCCCAGCGACCUGUCCGGGCUGUUCACCCUGGAUGGGGACACAGGGACUCUGUACCUGCGCUCCACCGUGGCCCACCUGGGCACGGCCAGCGUGACGCUCUCCCUGAGCGCCCGCGACGGCGGGGGGCGGACCUCGGCCACGCCCGCCAGGCUGACCGUCAACGUGGUGGGCAGCGCCCAGGCGCCCGCCGUCUUCCAGCGGUCCCGCUACUCCUUCAGCGUGGCCGAGGACGCGCCCCCGGGGACGUCCGUCGGCACGGUGACCGCUGUCUGUCCAGGAAGUUCCCCCGAGCCCGUCACCUACUGCGUCUCCUCUGGGGACCCCCAGGGCUGGUUCUCGGUGCACCCGGACUCCGGCCUCAUCAGCACCCGCCGGGCCCUGGACCACGAGGCGCAGCGCUACGCCCUGCUGGUGCUGCAGUCCUCCAGCGGCCUCCUCUUCAGCAGCACCCAGGUCAACGUCAGCGUGGCCGACGUCAACGACCACGCCCCUGCCUUCCCCGCCGCGCGGGAAGCGCUCACCCUGUCCCGCAGCACGCCCCCGGGCGCCGUGCUCUUCAUCGCCCACGCGCGCGACGCCGACAGCGGCGCCAACGGACGCGUGAGCUACCACCUCACCGACCCCGGGAACGACGACGCCGGCGAGAAGACGCCCUUCGCCGUCGACCCGGUCCUGGGUACGCUGACGUUGGCCGGGAGUUUACGGACAAGCGCCCGGCGGGCGUACGCUCUGGAGGUCGUGGCGAGGGACGAGGGCCGGCCGCCGCUCGCCGCCCGGCUGACCCUGGAGGUCACCGUGGACCAGGCGGGCCCGGAGGACGACGCCCUGGCCUUCGAGUCGCUGGUGUACCAGGUGGAGAUCGGCGAGGGCUACCGCAAGGACGCCCGGGUCAUCCAGGUGAAGGCGCACCUGGGGGGGCCGCAGGGGGCCCACGCGUCCGGCGGCCCCGGGACCACCGGGAUCACGUACUCCCUGGAGCCCGAGCCGGGGUUCCCCGCUCCCCCGUUCCGCGUCCACGCCCGGAGCGGCUGGCUGUACCUCUACCAGAGCCUGGACUACGAGUCGGAGCCCGGGUACGGGUUCAGGGUGGUGGCCGCCGCCGGAGAGGACGACACCAGGAGCAGCGCCACGGCCAGCGUGAGGGUCCAGGUCCUCGACGCCAACGACAACGCGCCGGUGUUCGGGAGGGAGGCGUACUACUUCACGGCGUCAGAGGGCAGCGCACCGCAGGGUCUGGUGGGGACCGUCCAGGCCACUGACCGGGACGCCCAGAAGAACGCCGAGCUGUCCUACAUGCUGCUCUCGGACGGGAAGUACUUCCGUAUUAACACCAAAACAGGGGAGAUCAUGAACUGGGUGGCGCUGGACCGGGAGCAGCACAGCCAGCACAGCCUGAAGGUGAUGGUGAGCGACCACGGCCGGCCUCGGCUCAACGCCACCGCCACCGUGCACGUCUCCGUCACCGACGUCAACGACAACCCGCCGCGCUUCACCCACCUGCCCUCCACCAACGAGCUCAACGUUCAGAUGUGGGCGGGCCUUCCCCCGGGGUCUCUGGUGACCACCAUGUUCGCCAAAGACCCCGACGCCGGAGAGAACGGCACGGUUACCUUCUCUUUAAGGACAGAAGCAGAUGGGCUGGGAGUGUUUGAGAUUGACCCUCAGAGUGGUGACAUCACACUGAAGGCAGCGUCUCUCCAGCCAAUCGUGACGCACUACACCCUGGAGGUCAUGGCUAAAGAUGGAGGACUCAACUCUCUGGAGGAAGUCGCCAUCGUUCAUGUGCAGGUCCACCGAGGAGCGUCUGUGUUCGACGGCUCCCAGCACCAGAUCGCCCGCCGCCUCAGCGUGCGUGAGGACGCCAAGCCCGCCGCCACCGUCGGCUCGGCCGCCAUCAUCGCGGUCGGCGCCAGGUUCCGCUACUCCAUCGCCGAGGGCGACGGCAGCAUCCACUUCGGCGUGGACCCCUCCUCCGGCGACAUAUACGUCAACCAACCGUUGGACUACGAGUCCGCCGCGCAGUACUUCCUGGUGGUGCUCGCCCUGGAGGCGGAGCCCCGCGAGCCCCCCGGCCUCAACGUGUCCGUGCUGGUCAGUGUUUCCCUGGAGGACGUCAACGACCACACGCCCUGGUUCCCCGACGACCUGGUCACACUCGGCCUGAGGGAGGACGUCGCCGUGGGGACAUUGGUGUUUGCGUUCCAUGCUAAGGACGCAGACGGUAGCCUGGGCAACAGCGACCUGCGCUACUCCCUGAGCCACGACCGGGGCUCCCACUCUGAGUCGCCCGGCGGGCCGUCGCCGCCCUUUCCCUUCGCCGUCGACCCCCGCACGGGCAGGCUGACCGUGGUGGCGCCCUUGGACCGCGAGACCACACCCAGCCUGGCCUUCACCGUCACCGCCUUCGACCGGGAGCAGGAGGGGGAGGGGGCGGGGCCCGGGGGAGUGCGGAGGCAGGCGUCUGUCACGGCGCAGGUCUUCCUGCUGGACGUCAACGACAACCGGCCGGUGCUGGUGUCUGCGGACGCCGUGCGGGUGGCGGAGGACGCGGAGGUGGGCGGUCUGCUGCAUCACGUGGUGGCGCUGGACAGAGACCUGGGGGAGAACGGACGCGUCUCCUACAGCAUCGUGGACGGGGACAGCCAGGGGGUCUUCAGGCUGGAGGAGAACACCGGGUUCCUGUAUCUGUCCUCUCCCCUGGACCACGAGGUCAGCGCCUCCCACCGGCUCAUCGUCUGGGCGGGGGAUGGGGGCGUGCCCCGCCUCUCCUGCACCCAGACGCUCACGGUGCUGGUGGAGGACGUCAACGACCUGCCGCCCGUGUUCCAGCGGGAGGUGUACGCGGCCAGCGUGGCCGAGAACAGAAAUCCCGGGGAGCCGGUGGUCAGCCUGUGCGCCACCGACGGAGACUCAGGAAAGAACGCAGAGAUGCAGUACAGUCUGCUCCCCGGUCCCGGCUACGACCUCUUCAGCGUCCACCCCCAGACGGGUCAGGUGACCACCACCACCCAGCUGGACAGAGAGCAGCAGCCGACGUUCACCCUCAGAGUCCUGGCCCGUGACGGUGGCUCUCCGGGCCUCUCCAGCACCACCACGGUGGAGUGCUCUGUGCUGGACGAGAACGACAACCCUCCCCGCUUCGUGCAGACCUCCUUCCAAGUCAGCCUGCCCGAGAACCUGCCCCCUGGGGUGCUGUACAUCGGCCAGGCCUCGGACCCCGACCUGGGGGAGAACAGCACCAUCCACUACUCCAUAGACGGUGAAGGGUCCCGCGGCGGUCGCUUCGCCGUGGACGCCCUCUCCGGCGCGGUGAGCUCCACGGAGGUCCUGGACCGCGAGGAGCAGGGCUCCUACACCCUGACCCUCCGGGCCACCGACGGCGGGCCGCAGCCCCUCAGCUCCACCGCCCAGCUCCACCUGCGCCUGCUGGACCAGAACGACAACGGCCCCUCCUUCUCCAGGGACCACUACCACGCGGCCGUCGCCGAGGGUCUCCCUGCCGGCACGGCCGUCCUGGAGCUCAGGGCCACGGACCCGGACCAGGGCCCCAACGGGGAGGUGAGCUACAGCCUGGAGGAGGACGGCGGCAGCCAGGGGGCCUUCGCCGUGGACGGGGCCACGGGGCUGAUCCGCACCACCCGGCCCCUGGACCGCGAGAGCCGGGCCCAGUACACCCUCCGGGCCCUGGCCACCGACGGGUGCGCGGUGGGACCCCAGAGCGCGGAGGUGACGGUGACCGUGGAGGUGGAGGACGUCAACGACAACGCGCCGGCGUGCCCCCGGGACCCCGUCAGCGCCUGGGUCGCCGCCACCAGGACCUGGCGCCCCGACCAGGUCCUGGCCACCGUGAGGGCCACGGAUCUGGACCAGGGGGAGAACGGGACGGUGCGGUACGCCUGGUCGCAGGGGGACGGGCUGUUCGCGCUGAACCAGGCGUCGGGGGAGAUCCGGCUGAGGCGGCCCCUGAGGGCCGGGUUCCCCGGGAGGAGGAUGCACGUGCUGGCGGUGGACCGGGGAGAGCCGGAGCUCACCUCCACCUGCCUGGUGUUCGUCCAUCUGAGGGGGGGCCUGGACGGACUGCUGUUUACCAAGAAGGUCUACAACGCCACCGUCAUUGAGAACAGCCGAGCUGGAACCUUUGUUGCUAAAAUCGAGGCUGUUGACCAGGCAAACAGUGGGCUCAGGAUUGGAUACAGCAUUUUCAGUGGCAAUGAGCGUGAAGUCUUCGCCAUAAACGGAAACACAGGUGAGAUCACAGUGCAGAAGCCCCGAGGUCUGGACUUCGAGGAGGACCGCCUAACCCAGCUGGUGGUGCUGGCGGACAGCGGGGCGGAGACGGCCCACAGCCGGGUGGCCAUCACCCUCAAGGACGUCAACGACAACGCCCCGUUGUUUGACUACGCCUACUACCGGACCGCCGUGUGGGAGGGGCAGGUGCACAACACCUACAUCAUGCAGGUGUUUGCGUCGGAUGCUGACAGCAGUAUGAACGGUCUGAUCGAGUACUCAAUUGUGUCUGGGAACCAGAACAAUGCGUUCGUAUUGGACCCUGCGCGUGGCAUAUUGGCUACAAACGUCUUACUGGACCGGGAGAUAACACCUUUGUACAGGCUGGUGGUUCAGGCUGCAGACAGGGGGAGCCCUGCCCUCAGCGGCACCACCAUCAUCAGGGUCCAGGUGGUGGAUGUCAACGACAACAGCCCCGCUAUCCCGCCCAUGACGCCGGUCGUGGUUGCCGAGAAUCUGCCCGUGGGCUAUGUGGUUACCCAGGUUACGGCCAACGACGUGGACCUGGGCUCCACCAUCAGCUUCAGCCUCCUGGACCACGGCGACUCCGACUCCGCCUCCGGCUGCUUCGCCAUCGACCGCUACAGCGGUGUGAUUACGCUCACCCGGGCCCUGGACUACGAGGAGCGCACGGAGCACGUCCUGGGGGUCAGGGCCUCGGACGCCGUGCACCAGGCCACGGGGGAGGUGCUGGUCACGGUGCUGGACGCCAACGACAACGCUCCCGUCUUCGAGCGGGUGUCCUAUCAGGUGGAGGCGUCGGAAGAAGCGCCGGCCAACACCCUCAUCGCAACACUUUCAGCGACCGACUUGGACUCUGGGGUCAACGGGAAGGUCUCCUACAGGUUGCUGAACUCACCUCCACUGAGUUUCAACAUCCAUCCAGACAACGGAUCUGUGUUCACGACCGAAAGCCUGAGGGACAUCCCCCACAGCAGCCCGAUCCAGCUCCUGGUGGAGGCACGUGACGGAGGCGACCCUGCGCGCUCAACCAUCACCUCUGUAGACGUGGUGGUGCUGGACGCCAACGACCACGCACCGGCCUUCCAUCAGGACACCUACACCGUCAGCAUACCCGAGGACACCUCUCCGGGCACCACCCUACUCACCCUGUCCGCAGAGGACGCAGACUGGGCGCCGGACAACACCCACUUGGGUUUUGCCAUCGUCAAGGGCAACGAGGAGAGGAGGUUCUUCCUGGAGGUCAACGUGCUUCAGUCGGGGGUCCGGCCAGACGCCGUCGGGAGACUCGUUUUGUGCGGCCCUUUGGAUCGCGAGACCCAGGGGAGCUACACACUGACCAUCAGGGCUACCGACCGCGGCGCGCCGCCGCUCAACGGCUCCACCGUCGUCAUGGUAACGGUGACGGAUGUCAACGACAACGCCCCCAUGUUCGUGAACACAGAGUACCAUUCCCAAGUCAGUGAAGACAGCUUGGCAGGUACCAGUCUGGUCCAGAUCAGCGCUCAUGACCCUGACAUGGGCGUCAAUGGACUGGUGCACUAUGAGAUCAUCUCAGGGAACGGCAAGGGUCACCUCGGGCUGGAUCCUAACUCUGGCGUGAUAUCGGUCAACGGCUCCCUCGAUUACGAGGAAGAGAGUAAAUAUACACUGACUGUCCGGGCGUCCGAUGGGGGCAUAUCUGAAGACCGCAAAGUGGCGUUUGCGGUGGUUUUCGUCACUGUGUUGGACGAGAACGACAACACCCCCUACUUCAUGUUCGCCACGGUUAACUGCUCCGUGUCCGAGAACCUUCCGGCCUUCAGCCCCGUCUGCUCCGUGUUCGCCAUCGACCACGACUCGGGAGCCUACGGCCGGCUCACCUACUCCGUCCUGUCCGCCUGCUUCACCGACUACGGCAGCGGCAGCCCCGAGAGGAAGGAGGCCUUCGCCGUCGACUCGCUCACGGGGGACAUCAGCACCCGCCAGACGUUUGACUACGAGCUGGAGAGGGAGUUCUGCCUGUUGGUGGAGGCCAGGGACAAAGGGGGCAAGGCGGCCACGCUCAGGGUCGUGGUGGCCGUCCAGGGGGUGGACGAGUUCAGCCCAGUCUUCACCCAGCGCCAAUACAACUUCCGGCUCCCGGAGGACGCCAAGCCCGGGCUGACGGUGGGCCAGGUGAGGGCCAUGGACAGCGACGGCGGAGUGGACGGCACGGUGGAGUACUCCUUCGCCGACCCGUUGGCGUCCUUCUCCGUCGACAGAACGCUUGGCAGCGUCUUCGUGUCGGGCCCCGUCUAUCGCCAGAGGGCCGGUCUGUCCGUUGAAGACACGGUGCAGGUGAUCGUCACGGCGAGGAGCCCCAGGCAGGACUCCAAGAGUGCCACGUGUCUGGUGUCCAUCAACAUCUCCAACUCGGCCGUGGCUCUGGUCGGCGUGCCUUUCGACGUCCGCACGGCCGGCCUGACCGUCUCUAUCCUCGCCCUCCUGCUGCUUCUCUUCAUUGUCGUGGGCUUGUUGCUUAGGUACAAGAUGCGACAAGCUGUGGUCAAAAAGGCUGCUGCCGUCGCGGCUGACCUCCACAACGACACCGGUUCAUUCGAUCUACCGAGUGAUAGUCCACAGAACGCCGUUAGUUUGCAGGAGUUAUUAAGGGCCGACUGUGCAUCGCGGGAAAUGGAUAUUUCCAACCCGUGCAGACAUUCAGACUCCAGCGGCCGCGGUUCAGCCGAAGGAGAGACGGCAGAAGACCAGGAGAUUCAGUGGAUCAACACGUUUUAUUGCCGUAAAAGUCCCUUAUCCCUACGCAGCAAAGGGGAGUUGCACAACCCCGAUGAUGAUACCAUCGAGGAUUGCAUCUCCUGCUAUUCGAUUGAGGCAGCUCCGGAGCACUUAGCCUGCGCUAGUGCGGGUCCGUCUACGGCGCUGGCCAGCGCAGAGAGCCUCCACAACUUUAAGGAGGAGGGAGGGGGCGAGGGGCUGCUCCGGACUGCCAGCAGGGUCAGGGAUCUGGACCAAAGCAUGAGGGUCAGAGGUCACAUUGCUCUGCCCGAGCCCCGCGCUCCCCCCGGCUCACUGUCGUCUCUAGUGUGUCCAGAGGACAAGCAGCACAGCAGCUACGACUGGGACUACCUCAUCGACUGGGAGCCCCGCUUCCAGACCCUGGCCUCCGUCUUCACCGACAUCGCCCUGCUGCGCGACGAGGACCUCCGGGGCGGCGUGGAGGACACGGCGGCGAUAGAUGCGGGCUGCCUCAUGUACCCGCCGCCGCUGAUCACGGGCGUGGCUCAGCCCGGGAUCAGGAACGUUCCCCCGCGGAUGCCAGGGCGCGUCCCGUCCCUGAGCCGGAGGCCCUCCUACCCUAAGUACGCCUACGCGCCCCUGGCGAGGAACACGGGACUCACGCCGUGCGCCAUGAUCCCCAGCUUCUCUCCGUCGCUGUCCCUGCUCACGGGGAGGACCCCCAACGCCUCCCCGGUGGUCUCGGAGGCCAUGGUGGGGGGCAUCAGGCUGCACUCGGGGCCCCACACCGCCAGCCUACUGGAGUCAGAGAUACAGGUGUGAUGAACUGGUGUUUGUUGCUGAACUGAUUUUCUAUUCUCUAUUUUCAACGUUUUUAGAUAAUUAGCCUGGGAUUCGUUAAUUAUUUAACAUUUGAAUUACAGUCCUAACGUUUGAUCCCUGUGAUCACCUCAGUGCUUUAUCGUGUUAAACUGCCAGACAUGUUGUUUUGCUUUUGUUUAUAGCCCCACACCAUAGCCACUCGAGUUCUUCUCCAGAGUGUCAAAGAUUCAAAGUGGUUACUGUUCCGGUUGUUGUUGGGACAAAUAUAAGUUGUUUGAUGACUUAAAUAGAGGCGAUUUACCGCAAACACAACUUGCUUUGAUAAUAAAACUAAUUUGGGGGAAAAACCUGCACGGCAUCAUGUAUUAGUAUCCUAUUAUGUAAAAGCCCUAACCAGGAACAGAUGUUUGAAUACGCAAUUAAAUAUGAACGUAAUGUUGUAAACAUGUUGGUAUCUGCAGAAAAUGAAACACUUCUUUAUGCGUUCAAAAAGGAGAAAUGUUCCCGAGCCGGUUUGAGUCUAAAUAGGGACAGAAAAGCAGUUUGUGUGUGUGGCAAAUCCUGUUUUAGAAAACUGCCUGCAGUAUGGAUUAAGACCUUUUUACCUUCGGCUCCCUCCCAUAGUUUGUUAGGAGUUACUAUUACAAGCACGGUGCACCAGACAACUACUUCAUCACUCACUUUCAACACAUAUGUUUAGGUUGCAAUGUUGUGAGGACGAGCACCCAGCCUGCAGCUAGACAGGCGAGUCAUUAUGUCCUUGACCCCGUUCUAUCAAGACCGAAUUGUGAACUCAGUGACAAUUUCCAGGGACAUUUAAAGGGAGACGGCCAUGUUUUUUGGUUUAUACAUAAGUGCCACAAUUUCCGUUUGCAGAGAGUCUGGGUUUUGUACCCUAACAAAGUUUCUGAUGAGCGUUGUGAUUUUCUGGUGUGGGGAUUUUGGAACAGUUCCUUCUAAUGAAAACAGACUUGACCAUUGGGACUUUUAAAAAAGGUAAUCUUGUUAUAUAAUGCAUAUGCACUGAUUGAUCUGGUCUGAAAGAAAGGUUUUCUAGGGAAUUGUAAAUCUCAGGUUCGGUAUUAAAAUGUGUUCAUAAAUUAGUUAAACAUGUAUUGUAGAUGUGUGAAUAUUUGUGAAAUACAUUUUUUCACAGAUUCGAUUUUUGUUGUAAAAUAAAAUGUAAAUCUUGGAAUAAAGAGUCUUGGCUUUUAGUAU